UUUGACAGUUGUAAAAAUGUCAACGAAACCGGAGGUUUUACAAAAAUUCGAUCUUGAAGAUCAAUUUAUUUUGCGUUUACCCCAGGAGCAAGCAAAGUUUGUUCGAAAAGUAUUAAAAAAGAAGCCGAAAAAGAUCAAAAAAUAUUUAACCUUAGAUUUCGAAUUUAAUAUGCGCUACUGCAACGUUUUCGUACAUAGAAAACUUUUAAAAGGGAAAUUAGUGGAUUUACCAACGAUUGUAGAAUCGAAUAAAACCGUAGACGGGGUACAAAUAUUUAAAACGGCUGAUGUUUCCCAAAUGUUGAUUUGUACAGACGAAGAAACUUUUAAAAUAAACGAAGCCAAAGUGAAAUAUAAAACGGAUGAUAUGAAACAAAAAUAUCAAUAUCUUCAUGGUAUAACACCCCCUUUAAAGAACAUCUCGAAUAUAAGAUUCAGAAAAACGUUACGGAACAAAAACGAUUUGGAGGAAGCUGCGGAUGUCGAAAAAGAAGUUUUGAUACUUUUAAGGAUGGAUAAUGCAGCGGUGACUACUCGUUUUGAGUUCAUUCAAGAUGAAAAAGCCACCACUGUGGAUAUCCCGCUUAGAAAAGUAACAGAAUUGUCUAUUUUCGGAGAUACGAUCAGCGAUAUUGAAAGUGAUGAUGAUUCAUCGACCGGCGAUCGAAACGAUAUCAUGGAUUUUACACAUUAAAUUUUGAUUUAAAUAAUUUUGAUUAAUAAUUCAAACUAAAAAUAAACAUAA